UAUAAAUCGUAAAUUUGUUAAUAUAUUUACGAAUUUUGGUCGAUUCCGGUGAUAAACUUUAUUCAACGGCGGUACUGAACCCGCCGUCAUCACCGUUAAGCAGUUCACACCAGGCGAAAGUCCAAUCGUCGUUUUGCCUCACCUCCUUGAGCCACUCCUAUACUUAUCUAUCUGGCUUCCAGCGCCGAUAAAUCGAUACCUUCUAUGGCAUUCGGCGCUUCCCGGCGUCUUAUUCCCUAUCAACUCAGAGCCUGCUUUUUGGGGCUUAUUGCCAGUGGCAGGUAUCACUAUCCCUUAAUCCACUCGCCGUCGCCGGCUUUAUCAUACUUGUUUUCAACCCUAGAUGAACCAUCAAAUCUAUUUGAUGAUGGUCUUUCGGGUAAUGGGGAUCGAAAUCAACGCUGCAUAGACGAGCGAUUCGUUAUCAGUGAACUUUCUGAUCUUCUACUAGUUAAUCCUUAUGGUUCGGUUUAUAACACUCUCAAAGAGAAUUCCAUUGAGAAACAGAUGCCAGUUAGGGCAGUUGAUGGAUUCUUGCUUCCAGAAGAGAAAUUGCGAGGUGUUUUCCUUCAAAAACUGAAUGGUAAAACCGCAAUUGAGCAUGCAUUAGCUAAUACUGAUGUGAUUUUGAGUCAAGAUGUUGUCAGCAAAGUAUUAAACACUGGGAGUUUAGGUAGCGAAGCAAUGGUUACCUUCUUUUAUUGGGCUAUUAAACAGCCGUCGAUACCUAAAGAUGCUUCUAGUUACAACAUAAUUCUUAAAGCUUUAGGUAGAAGGGGUUUUUUUGACUCCAUGAUGGAUGUUUUGUACAACAUGACACGGGAGGGAGUGGAGGCUACAUUGGAAAUGGUCUCCAUUGUAGUAGACAGUCUGGUCAAGGGUCACCAAGUUUCUAAGGCACUUCAAUUUUUCAGAAACUUGAAAGAAAUUGGGUUGAAAUGUGAUACUGAAACCUUGAACAUUCUUCUACAAUGCAUGUGUCGACGAUCCCACGUUGGUGCUGCAAACUCCUUCUUUAAUUUAACCAAGGGGAAUAUCCCUUUCAAUGUCAUGACAUAUAACAUUGUAAUUGGUGGAUGGUCAAGAUACGGUAGGCACGGUGAAGUUGAGCAAAUGUUGAAAGCAAUGGAACUUGAUGGAUUUUCUCCAGACUGUCUGACCCACACCUAUCUUAUUGAGUGUCUUGGCAGAGCUAAUCAGAUUGAUGAUGCUGUCAAGAUUUUUGAUAAAAUGGAUGAAAACGGCUGUACACCAGAUGUUGAUGCUUACAAUGCAAUGAUCUCCAACUUUAUAUGUAUAGGUGAUUUUGAUCAAUGCCUGACCUAUUACGAGCGUAUGUUGAGCAACAGAUGUGAACCUGACAUGAACACCUAUUCGAAUUUGAUUACUGGCUUUCUCAAGGCCAAGAAAGUAGCCGAUGCACUAGAAAUGUUUGAUGAAAUGGUGGCAAGAAUAAUUCCCACUACGGGGGCAAUAACAUCCUUUAUUCAACUUAGCUGUAGUUAUGGUCCUCCACACGCAGCUAUGUUAAUCUACAAGAAAGCAAGAAAAGUUGGAUGUAGGAUAUCCAAGAAUGCAUACAAAUUGUUGCUAAUGCGGCUUUCUUUGUUUGGUAAAUUUGGCAUGCUAUUAAAUAUAUGGAAUGAGAUGCAAGAAAGUGGUUAUGAUCCUGAUGUGGAGACUUAUGAGCAUGCCAUUGACUGUCUCUGUAAAACAGGGCAGCUUGAAAAUGCUGUACUCGUCAUGGAGGAAUGUUUACGUCAGGGUUUCUUCCCAAGUAGGCGAACACGUAGUAAGCUUAAUAACAAACUAUUGGCCUGUAAUAGGACAGAGAUGGCAUAUAAACUCUGGUUGAAAAUCAAAGUUGCUCGUCAUCAGGAAAAUCUGCAAAGAUGUUGGCGUGCCAAGGGAUGGCAUUAUUGAACUUUCAGGUCAUAUCAAUUACAAACAUGUCUUUUUCUUCUAUUGUUUCGGUCCUUUGAAGGUUAGUAAUAUUUCACAGAAGUCAUUCUACUAAUGUGUGCAGGUCGUACUUAGGAUGUUUUAUAGUUGUUGACUGCUUACUUUUUUUUUUUGUUACAUAUACGAGAGUGUCUAUGAAAUUUCUCGGGCUUCCAUUAAGGUAAAUCUACAAAAAAGUGGACUUGGGCUUUGUUUAUUGAAUCUGGAUUGCAAAAUGGAAGAAUUCUUAUCUUUACAUCACAUUUAUUCUAUUUGCAUUGACUUGAGUCCUGUGAGCCCUGUUUCUUAUGUUUUGUUCGUCGGGAUUCUCCGACUCUUUUUAUCGAAAUGAAGGAUGAAAGUUAGUUAAAUGGGGUGCAGGGAAGUUUUUUUCACUGGGUUUCUUAUGUUACUAUUCUAUUUGCUCUGUUUCCUUGUUUAUUACGUUUCGUUUAUCAAGGUUUUCAUUUAUUCAAUUAGUUCUGACAUUGCAGGGCCGUUGUUAAUGCAUAUGGAGCUUCAUCUGAUGCCAACGGCCACAUCUCGGGUGACAUGUCAGACCACUUUGGUCAUUCAUUUAGUUACGGAUGUACACGCCUUUGAUAAGAAUGUUUUUCUACCUCAAGUUGACCACAACCGCAACAUAAAGGACUGAUGUGCUGAGGUGCCCACCUUAAGCUUUCUUAGUAGGAUUUAAACCAUGUUUCAAAUAUGGAUCAACCUACUUGAUUAUAUGCUUCUCAAUCCUAGCCAAUGCCAGCCACCCAUGAAUCAAUGAGGCCUAGGUAUGUACUGGCAAGUGGUAAUGAACAUAACUAGAAUGACGGCAUUCUUGUCAAGAUGUAUCUGGAUAUUUUCUAGUGAACCCAACCCAGCACAUUGUCACGUAAAAUCAUUUCUAGUAGUUUUUCCCACUUUUUUCAGGUUUCUCUAUCAAGUGGACCAUACCCAUUGAAAGAUAUGGGCAAUAACUUAGUUUGAAGAAUAACCAUCCAAGGCAGGGAUUAAUAACUUGAGUAAAAGCACUUUCCACUGAAAGUACGAGUAGAGUCUUCAAGUAAAGCUAAGUCAGAAGCUGUCGGCGAGGUUCACAUCUGCAAGAAAAAAGAGAAGAGAGCAAGUAGACAGAGAAGAAGACAAUGUCCACAAUCAUUAAUUUAACCCAGAGGAGCACCGGAACCAUCUAAUUUUCUUGUAAAUUGUUGCGCAAAAAUAAAAUUUCAAGUUUGCUUAUAUAAAUAAAUAAACAACAAUGUUAUCCAUCAACAACGUCGUUAUUGAAACAGAUGAUUUUCGCAAGGAUUGUUUUUAUUCUUUUUUCUUUUA